GAAAAUUAAUAUUCACAACAAAACCACAGGAUUUAGUAGAUGCACAGCAAAUACUUGAUCAAUCAGGAUUUAAGGAUCAACCUUUCGGUUUCUUGAAUAUGCCACCUCGAGACGUAAAAAUCCCGCGCGGACGCGUGGAAUUAUGGGAUAUCUUUCCUCGGCGGCGCGGUGCCGCCAUGUCUCCUGAAGAUAAACGGCGCCUAGUCGUUAUCUCCGCUGCAGUCUUCUUCCUCUUUUUUCUUUUACUGGUUUUGAGUUUCAUACCGGCUUAUUUGUACAUAGUUUUUAUAUCCGUCGCGUCUUGCGUCGUUUAUUUUCACAAAGCGGAAGAAUUGCAGUUGUUCGAGAGAUUAGGCCUCAACCCCCGUCGUGGGCUGAGCGUGCCGCCGGCUCUACUGCGCUGGUUACCGGGCCGGACUUUGAGGGGAGUCCCGGCCACCGGCAGGAGCAAGAUACGUAAAAGUGAUGCGCGAAAUUGUUUCGCUUCACCUAGCAAUAGACAUAUUGCAAGCUCGUAUUAUAGACGAGACAACCAGACCUUCAGCGACUCAGUGUUUAGUCCUCGGGAUAUACUCAUGGGAAGUUACGUCGCCAAGGCUGAAGAAAGUCCCUCCGCAGCGGUGAGGCCCGGAGGGGGAUCGGCGACUUUCAUCAACCCCAGAGAGCAGCUCCGGGAAAGACUCGCACGGCCUAACCAUGCUGUACACACCCCUAACAGAAGACUGUCAUUCGGGGAACCCGUGGGCACAGUGAGUCGAUUCACCAUCACCCCACGCAGACAUUACCCCCUUCAGCAGGCCGGCACAUCUUACAUCGGGGUAAUGCCACCUGUAAGGUGGGAUGGAUUGUGUAAGAAGAAGGUCCUAAUCCAACGCUCCCCAGGGGCAGUUCGCAGCCCGGUCACAGUGAAGAUCGCUAGACCGGACCCAAAUCGAUCCUCAACGUUCGACCAUCUGAACUCACCGGGGGCCAGCACAUCCCCAACGAUCGGAGCCAAGGUAGACCCCUGCUCCAAAGAGUAUGUUCUGAGCGUGCUCCGGGAGAGCAGGAAGAGGACUGUGAAUGGAGAGGACAAGACUGCUCUUGGGCAGAAGAGCAAAAGGAGCCGUCAUGACAGUGGUGAACGCUCUCAAUCACCAUUUGAUACACUCCUUGAUACACUCCUUGAGAAUGGAGAUCCUUCUCAGCUUGUGCCAAAGCCUGGGAAUCUGAAGAGAGGGGUGAAUUCUCCUGUUCUGGAAGAAACCACUAUGAAGAGAUCUCGUGCCUCAUCCAUCAGCUCUGUGAGCGCUGGUCCUGUUCCCAGUGGGCGGUCCGGAUCUGGCAGAAACGCUAUUCACAGUUCCUAUAGCUCCUCACAGGGUUAUCCACGGGUAACGUCCAACUCCUGUACUCGCUUGAACUUAUCUGAAACCACUAUGAAGAGAUCUCAUGCCUCAUCCAUCAGAUCUGUGAGCGCUGGUCCUGUUUCCAGCGAGCUGUCUGGAUCUAGCCGAAAUGCUAUUCGCAGUUCCUAUAGCUCCUCACAGGGUUAUCCACCGAGGAGGGCAGCAUCCAGUCUUAGUCUUUCUCCUCUCACAAGCCCAGGAGGGUCUCCCUGUCAAACUCCAGAGCGAGCUUCGAAGAAACCGCGGGAGGAUGAUGCUACCUCACCGAGUUUAACUUCAUUGAUGAAAACUGACAAGGAGACGCCUGACCCAUCCCCUGCUUCAGCUAAAAUUACUCCAAAAUCGGAGGCACCUGUUGCUACAUCAACAUCAGACUCGGGCGGCAGCGGUAAACGCAGGCGUAAAAUCCAACUGAUCACCACAAAAAGAGAUGAUCAAAUUUCAUUACCACCACCUCCCGAACUUGGCUACACCAUCACUGUGAAAGAUCUGGACAUGGAGAAGAAAGCAGCUUUCUCUCAGAUACAGAAGGUUUUAGAGGAGCCCGAACCAGUGAGCCCUGCUCCAGCUCCUGCUCCUGCUCCCUCCGAACUUCCCUCUUUUACCUUCGCUCUAUCAACCUUAUCAUCUGAGGCGGCGCCUGUCCCAAGGUCAGAUCCCUCUCUGUUUUCAUUCUCCACGCCUGUACCUGAGACGACACCAACCACUACCGCAACUCCUGCGCUAACCAUCGACCUCACCAUCGGUGCACCUAGCGCAGUCAGUACCGUACCCAUAACCUUCAGCUUUACACGAUCCACCGCUAGCGCACCAACUGUCUCGGCCUCCAGUAUUUCAAACCCUUUGCUGGAGUCGCUUAAAAACAUGAGGAAUGAUUCACUUCUCAGUACUUCUUCAUUACUGGGAACUACAACUGCAGCUCCAGCAGUGUCUUUUGGAGGUUUUUCUACACCUGCCACUUCCACGAUCGCCGGCAGUGGAGUUGUAAAAUCCGAGUCCGGCUCAACAUCUCUGGGGUCCUUGUUCUCAACGCCGGCCUCCAUGUCAACACCUACCACUAAGCCAGCCACCUCCUUGCCCUCUACCUUCGCUGAGAUCCUGGCUCAACAACCUUCAUCCAGCUCGCCAUCUCUAGGAGGAGGAGGCAACUUAUUCGGCCUCAUCAAACCUGUGGCCACACCUGCAUCUUCAAAUGCUUCAUCUACAGCUGCGGUCGGCCCAACUGCAUCAACGAACAGCAUUAGCAACCCUUUGCUGUCUGGAUUUAAGCCUAUUUUUGGCCCAGCAAAUACGACUCCGGCUUCUACAGCGGCGGAAAAACCCACUCAGCCUGUCUUCAGACCUUUAUUUGGCAGCAGCACCACAGGAAUUAGCACUGGUGCUUUUGGCCAGACCACCACAUCGACGACAUCAACACCUGCUGCUCCGGCCACACAGAACAGCAGUAUGUUAUUUGGUGGAUUAAGCAGUACCCAACCACCAGCGGUGUCCACUUCCUCUGCCGGCCCUCCUCCGGCCACACAAGCCCCUAGCCAGUCUCUCUUUGGUGGCUGGAAUGCAACAACCACGUCUGCUCCCUCCGUAAAUGCCUCUUUACAAUUCGGAGCUGCGCCGACCACAACCGCCGCCCCUGCUGCAAGCACCACUACAUCCAGCGCUGGUGGCACCAACUCUGCUUUCCAGUUCGGAGCACCAAAACCUGCACCCGCUCCACAAGCCCAGAGCUCAUUCACAUUUGGCCAGCUGUCGGCCAACCAGAAUUCAACUUCAAUGUCGUUCGGUGGGUUCGGCACGACUGCCAAUGCCCCCGCCACAACCAUGGAAGCAACUACGACGCAAACCGUUUUUGGAAGCUCGACCAUGACCACUUCAGCCUCGACCUUUCCAGGGGCCACACAGCAGACUCCUGCUGCCUCAAAGCCUUUUACGUUUGGGGGUAAUAGUGCUGCAUCACCGUUUGGGUUCGGGGCGAACGCCAGCACGGCGGCACCUACGUUUGGGACUACCAGUCAGCCUACGUUUGGCGGAGCAUCAUCUGGCUUCCCUUUCGGUAACACCACCACCCCUUCAGCGGCUCCCAUCUUUGGGGCCUCAACACAGACUACAGCUCCUCUCCCUGCUCCAGCUCCUACAUUUGGUUUUGGAGGUGCUUCGACAGCGCCUCAGAACCUGGCACCAAGUACUCCUGCUCCUCCUGCUUCCGGAGGCUUUAAUUUUGGCGGUUCAGUGUCGGGAACGCCAUUUGGGACACCUGCACCUGCAACUCCACUUUCGUUUGGGGCUAACAACACGGAGAACAAGCCUGCUUUUGAUGGACCUCAGAAACGCAUGAAAAGGAAUGCAGGUAGCAGAAAUGUGUGUAAGGGAGGUAUGAUGAAGAUAAAAAGUCAGCCAGAAAAGGAGUCUGUAGAUAUACCUCAGAAACGCAGGAAAAGGGAAGCAGAUAAGUGUAAGGGAGGUACGUCAACACCUGUUUUUGGUCAGGGAUCCACAGCAAUGUCAAUGCCGUUCGGAAGUCCAGCAACACCAGGAUUUGGUGCAAUGGGAGGUUCACCAUUCGGGGCUUCACCAGCUUCUUUCUCUAUCGGAACGGGCUCCAAGCCCUCAGGGCAACGUCGUUUGCAAGCACGCAGGCAACACCCAAGGAAAAAGUGAUCAGAUGACUGAUCCAAGACCUGUCCCUUCAACAGUACAUAAUUGUUACUAUUUUUUUCGGCUGACCCAGAUGCUGCUGCUGGGCUCUCGGUCAACCCUUCAGACUGCAAGGGCUGGUCAGAUGUAUAUAAUCAAGGCCCACGGGGUCCGUAGAUUUUAGAGCGGGUGUGUCCGCUAAAACUCAUCGCUGAUGGAUUCUGUUGAGAAGAUCUGCGAUUGGAGAACAGGAUGGUUUAUACUUGAAGAAAUGAAAGAUACAGACUUUCAAUUCUGAACUUGUACAUGAAUUGCAAUCCAGGCCUGUUGAAGAAAAUUUUAUUUGAACUUUUUUGUCUGUAGACGAGUAAUCGGAUGCACGUUAUUUUUAGAUAAGUAAGGUAUUUUUUUUCUCUCUAUGUAGUUAGUCUUUAUUGUCAUGCUUUUCAAGUUUUCACCAAAUGCAUUUUGGAAUACCUUUCAAAAGGGGGAUUAUUUUAUCUGUUUCAUUUAAAAAAUGAAAAGCAGUUUUUUUCCGAAUGCAAUGCAUAAUAAACAGUAUAAUUAUUCA